CAUAAGCAAGAGAUUUCUUAGCAAGGCAAUUCUCCCUGUGCCCCCACAUCCCGCCGCCAGUGUGCUGCUUUAUUAGUGUGCGCCUUUAUUAGUGUGCGGCUUUAUUAGUGUGCAUGGGGACAUAAAUCAGGGCUGCGGCUAGCUGACACGACUGAAGGGGGGUGUUGUAAAGGAGAACAUUAUGCUGCAGAUAGCAACAGCACUGAUCAGCUAAGGAACAAAUAAGCCUUCCAGCCCCAAAACAGAUCCAUCAGACACCUUCCCAAACCAACAGGAUCUGACCACAAAAGGAGCUUGUUAUCCUAGCCCUGCAUUGUGCUUUGCUGAGGAAACCCUCAUUUAUCCAUUCCAUUCCUGCAUCUCUGCCUUUCUUCCCACAGCCAAGAAGGAUUUUGUCUACCACACAAGGAUUUUUCAGCUGCUCCCUCCAAAUCCCCAUUUUUCUUGUAUUUUGUUUGUAUUAUCAUUUUUAUGUAUUUCUGCAACCAGUUUUCCUAUGUGGAUAUGCAAGGUAGAAGAGAAAACAGCAUAAUCCCAACAUGUCCAGAGCUUUAACCCAGCAGACUGACGGAUCUGUAUCUACAAACCCAGGGAGUGUAAGAGUUGAAGAUGAGGCCUACAGAAGCCUGCUACUACUUAAAAAUCAGCUUGAUUAUCCUUUUUUAUAUGGGUUGCUAUGCCCAGAAACAUCCCAACAUGGACAUUGCUGUCAUUUUGGUGGGCACAACGGACGAGAUAGCCAUCAAAGAUGUACACGAGAAAGAUGACUUCCAUCACCUGUCUGUGACACCAAGGGUGGCGCUAGUCACCAUGAAUGAGUCUGAUCCUAAAAGUAUAAUUACACGUAUCUGUCACCUCAUGUCUGACAAGAAUGUUCAAGGGGUCGUGUUCGCUGAUGACACUGAUCAGGAGGCUAUAGCUCAGAUAUUGGACUUUAUUUCUGUGCAGACACUUACUCCCAUCCUGGGUAUUCAUGGUGGAUCUUCGAUGAUCAUGGCUGAUAAGGAGGAAUCAUCCAUGUUCUUUCAGUUUGGACCCUCUAUUGAGCAGCAGGCCUCGGUCAUGCUGAAUAUCAUGGAAGAAUACGAUUGGUACAUCUUCAGUAUAGUUACCACGUAUUUCCCAGGAUACCAGGACUUUGAGAACAAGGUGCGAAGUACCAUUGAAAACAGCUUUGUGGGGUGGGAGCUGGAAGAGGUUAUCCAUCUGGACAUGUCUUUAGAUGAUAAUGACUCCAAAAUCCAAAACCAGCUGAAGAAGCUUCAGAGUCCUGUCAUCUUGCUUUACUGCACAAAGGAAGAAGCAACAUAUAUUUUCGAAGUGGCUCAUUCUGUGGGGUUGACGGGUUAUGGCUUUACAUGGAUUGUACCAAGUCUCGUUGCAGGAGAUACCGACACUGUGCCAGCUGAGUUCCCCACAGGACUCAUCUCCGUAUCUUAUGAUGAGUGGGACUAUGAUGUGCCUGCUCGGAUUAGAGAUGGAAUUGCUAUAAUCACCACAGCAGCAUCCACCAUGCUCUCUGAGCACAAUUCCAUUCCUCAGUCCAAGAGCAGUUGUUACAACAUCCAAGAGAGCAGACUCUUUGAAGCCCACAUGUUAAAAAGGUAUUUGAUCAAUGUGACGUUUGAAGGUCGGAACCUUUCCUUCAGCGAAGAUGGCUACCAGAUGCAUCCCAAGCUGGUCAUCAUUCUGCUCAACCAAGAGAGGAAAUGGGAACGGGUGGGGAAGUACAAGGACCGGAGCCUUAAGAUGAAGUACUAUGUCUGGCCUGUGUUUGACCUGUACCCAAAUUCAGAGGAACACAAGGAUGAACAUCUGAGCAUCGUGACGUUGGAGGAGGCUCCGUUUGUCAUUGUUGAAGACGUGGAUCCACUGAGUGGAACCUGCAUGAGGAAUACUGUUCCCUGUCGCAAGCAGAUACGCAUUGAGAACCGCACAGAAGAAGGGGGAAACUACAUCAAGAGAUGCUGCAAGGGCUUCUGCAUAGAUAUCCUGAAGAAAAUAGCGAAGACUGUCAAAUUCACCUAUGAUCUCUAUCUGGUGACCAACGGCAAGCAUGGCAAAAAAAUUAAUGGGACAUGGAAUGGAAUGAUUGGAGAGGUGGUGACCAAACGAGCCUACAUGGCUGUUGGAUCUCUGACUAUCAAUGAGGAACGCUCGGAAGUGGUGGACUUCUCAGUACCUUUCAUAGAGACGGGCAUCAGUGUCAUGGUUUCAAGAAGUAAUGGGACAGUGUCUCCCUCUGCAUUCCUUGAGCCAUUCAGUGCAGAUGUCUGGGUUAUGAUGUUUGUGAUGCUUCUCAUUGUUUCGGCAGUUGCUGUCUUUGUAUUUGAGUAUUUUAGCCCAGUAGGAUACAACAGGUGCCUUGCAGAUGGCCGAGAGCCUGGUGGCCCCUCGUUUACCAUUGGGAAAGCCAUUUGGCUGCUUUGGGGCCUUGUGUUUAAUAACUCUGUGCCUGUACAGAACCCAAAAGGAACCACCAGUAAGAUAAUGGUAUCAGUUUGGGCCUUUUUCGCUGUCAUCUUCCUGGCCAGUUACACAGCUAACCUUGCAGCCUUCAUGAUCCAAGAGGAGUAUGUUGACCAAGUGUCUGGGCUAAGUGAUAAAAAGUUUCAACGACCCAAUGACUUCUCUCCAGCUUUUCGAUUUGGAACUGUUCCUAAUGGCAGCACAGAGAGGAAUAUCCGUAACAACUACCUGGAGAUGCACUCGUACAUGGUUAAGUUCAAUCAGCGGUCGGUACAGGAUGCUCUCCUCUCUCUAAAGACUGGUAAGUUGGAUGCCUUUAUCUAUGAUGCUGCAGUCCUAAACUACAUGGCUGGGCGAGAUGAAGGGUGCAAGCUGGUGACCAUUGGAAGUGGGAAAGUAUUUGCAACCACCGGAUAUGGGAUUGCCAUCCAGAAGGACUCAGGGUGGAAAAGGCAGGUCGAUCUUGCAAUUCUUCAGCUAUUCGGUGACGGGGAAAUGGAAGAGUUGGAGGCUCUUUGGCUGACUGGUAUCUGUCACAAUGAAAAGAAUGAGGUUAUGAGCAGUCAGCUGGACAUCGAUAACAUGGCAGGAGUCUUCUACAUGCUGGCUGCUGCCAUGGCGCUGAGUCUCAUUACAUUUAUAAUGGAGCAUCUCUUCUUCUGGCAGCUGCGGCACUGCUUCAUGGGAGUCUGCUCAGGAAAGCCAGGUGUUGUGUUCUCCAUUAGCAGGGGAAUCUACAGCUGCAUUCAUGGAGUUGCAAUAGAAGACAGGCAGUCGGCAAUGAACUCUCCUUCGGCCACAAUGAACAAUACUCAUUCCAACAUUCUCCGUCUCCUCCGCACUGCCAAGAACAUGGCAAAUCUUUCUGGGGUAAAUGGUUCUCCACAGAGUGCUUUAGACUUUAUACGGAGGGAAUCUUCAGUCUACGAUAUCUCAGAACAUCGCCGGAGUUUCACCCACUCUGACUGUAAGUCAUUUCAGCCAGAAGAAAAUCUUUUUAGCGAUUACAUCUCAGAGGUGGAGAGGACCUUUGGUAACCUUCAGCUUAAAGACAGCAAUGUGUAUCAAGAUCACUUUCAUCACCAUCGACCUCACAGUAUAGGGAGCAACAGCUCUAUUGAUGGGCUGUAUGACUGUGAUAAUGCUCCUUUCACAACACAACCCAGAUCUCUGUCCAAGAAACCUUUAGAUAUUGGAUUGCCAUCCAAACACUCCUCAACUCAAAUUGGUGAUCUGUAUGGUAAAUUUUCUUUUAAGAGUGACCGUUAUGGUGGCCCUGAUGACUUAAUAAGAUCCGAUGUUUCUGAUAUAUCCACACAUACUGUUACCUAUGGGAAUAUAGAAGGCAAUGCAAAGAGGAGGAAACAGUAUAAGGACAGUCUGAAGAAGCGCCCAGCAUCAGCCAAAUCUCGACGGGAAUUUGAUGAAAUCGAACUAGCUUAUCGCAGACGUCAAAGGUCCCCAGAUCACAAGCGCUAUUUCCGGGACAAAGAGGGCCUAAGGGAUUUUUAUCUGGAUCAGUUCAAGACCAAGGAAAACAACCCACACUGGGAACAUGUGGACCUAACCCAUAUCUACGCAGAAAGAGCAGAUGAUUUUAAGCAUGAAACUUCUUGCACAAACAGGCAGCACCAGAAGCAUGCGGGAGAGUUUGUACAAACUGACCGUAAACAUGGCUCUGGAGGAAAUGCCUGGGAGAAAAACGUGAGCAAUAUGGAAUGGGAAGACAGAGCCUCAAACAAUUUCUGCCGUAACUGUCCUUCAAAGAUGCAUAACUACACAGGGCAAAACACUAACCGCCCAGCUUGUAUUCGUUGUGAAGUCUGCAAGAAAGCAGGAAACUUGUAUGACAUCAGUGAGGACAAUUCUUUGCAGGAUCUGGAUGCUCGGCCCAUUCCAGCUCCCAACUCUAAAUAUCCACAGAGUCCUUCUAAUGGCAAGGCUCAGAAACGAAACAGAAGCAAACUCCACCGCCAGCAUUCAUAUGACACAUUUGUGGACCUUCAGAAAGAAGAUGUUACUUUAGCUCCCCGUAGUGUUAGCCUGAAAGAUAAAGAACGCUUCUUGGAUGGUAGCCCCUAUUCCCAUAUGUUUGAGAUGCCCAAUGAAACCUCCUUCACCAGCAAGUCCCAUGGCCCUAGUCACAAUCCUGGGGGCUACAUGCUCAGUCGUUCCUUGUACCCAGAUCGGGUUACCCAAAACCCAUUCAUUCCCACAUUUGGGGAUGACCAAUGUCUGCUGCAUGGGAGCAAGCCCUACUACUUUAGGCAACCCGCCAUUGGUGGCUUAAAAGGAAGGUCGGACUUCCAUGGGGCUGGAAAAUCACUCACUGCUCAACAUUCAGGCCCUCCAGGCCAUUUCCAAAAAGACAUUUGUAUAGGGAACCAGCCCAAUGCCUGCGUUUCAAACAAUAAGAACCCCAGGUCUUUCAACAACUCUACCAAUGGCCAUGUGUACGAGAAAUUGUCCAGCAUUGAAUCUGAUGUCUGAGAGGGGGAGGUGGGCUGGGACCUAGAUUCUCCUCUUCCCAAACCAAUAUGUUAUUCUCUUACAGUGAAGCAGAAAAAAGGUGUUCCUGAAUGCUGUUGAAGCAGGAUACAUGAAAUGCAGCUUUUUGAUUCUCAUCGUCUUUCUUCUCUUACUGGGGUCAUCUCAUAUUUUAAAACGUGGAUUUCAGAUCUGAUCAUGCAGACGCACGGAGCUGACAUCAGAGGAGGGGAUGGGGUUAUUUAUUUUAUUAUAAAAGACAUGGGUUAAUGCUGUAAAGGAGGCAGGACAAAUAGGUAAAGACACUCUCAAUAAUUUUCUUCCAUAUCUAUAAUAUCAAGGUCUGGGAGAAGAAAUGGAAAUGGGGCUUCUUAUUUGCUGCUUAAAUUUAAGUUGGUAUAGGGAAAGUUUCAAUGAAAAAUGUGAGAGGCUACUACUUACAUAUGGAAAGCUUCAUUGAAACUCUCAAACUAGGCAGCCUUUGUUGAUGAGCCCGUGUUUAGUGCCAUCUCUUUAGAAAAGGUGCCUGGGAACUGCCCAAAAUGAAUGUUGUGGUAUGUCUGUGUAAAGAAUGUCCAAAGACAAUGAAUGCUAUAUUACCAUAUACUGGUCUAUAAAAAGAUAGAUUGCAUAGCUUGUUUAUCCACCUCAAACUCUUGUUCCAUUUCUGUUCUGGCUGCACAUGCUAUCCAUUCUGAAUUCAGGCAGUCUUUCCCCAAAUGCAAAAGACCUGCAACCCGGAAAAAAAAAACAGGAAAUACUAGAAAUGGUUAUUUUACCUUUGCACAAAAGAAACAGCUCAUCCUUAAGUUUUAGCACUAAAUAUUUAAUCCAUAUAUACUUUAAGGACUGAAAUUAAUAGUGCAGAUAAGGUAGCUCAGGAACACCAUAGAAAUAGAUUAGACCAUUAACUAGUACCCUAAAUUAUCCAAAUAGCUCAGCCUAAAACACAUUUGUAUUAUAAUACUGACCCAUGAUAGAAUAUCCAGCAGUAUAGGCUUAAAUAGCUUUUGUAU